ACAAGUCAGUGCAGCUCGUCCCUGAAGGUUUAAGUUAAGCUACAGAAAAAAAAAAAAAAAGAAGUCAGUUUGAGCCGGAUGGACAAGUGGGGGUUUGUGCUCGUGGUGCUGCGUGUGUGUGGAGUCGACGUGACCAGAGAGACUCCGCCCCCCUCAGAGCUCACCUUCAGCUCCUGGCCCUCCUCCUCGUCCUCGUCCUCCUCCUCGUCCUCGUCCUCCUCACACCACAGCCCCGCCUCUGCUCACACCUUCAUCUAUGAACCCAGCAGGGGGCGCUACAUCUAUGGUCGUAUGGCAGUGGUGCGGGACCCCCUGAGGACCCUGUCGGUGCUGGAGCCCGGAGGGGGGGGGGGCUGCGGGCUGCGGCUGCUCGUCCCCGCCGCACGGACGGCGCUCUCCGGCGGCUGCGAGGUGGCGGUGAACGCGGGCUUCUAUAACGCCACCACGGGCCAGUGUCUGGGGAACGUGGUGAGCGACGGCAGAGCGGUGAGGAGCUCUGAGGUCCUCAACGCUCAGUUUGGGAUCAGGAGAGACGGCAGCCUCGUGUUCGGGUAUCUUUCUGAGGAGGAGCUUCUGGACCAGAGGAACCCUUUUGAGCAGUUGGUCAGUGGAGUGGUGUGGCUCCUGAGAGACGGACACGUUUAUAUCAACCAGAGUCUGCAGGUGGAGAGUGACCAGAACCAGUCCAUCAAGGAGUUCCGGGACUUUGCGGACAUGCUCUCUGCGAGGACGGCGGUCGGACACGAUGCUAACGGGAGCGUGGUGAUUUUCCAGAGCGACGGAGAGACGCUGUACAGAGGGAUGAGUCUGUGGGAAGUGGCCGACUUCCUGAAGCAGAACGGAGUCAUAAACGCCGUGAACCUGGACGGAGGCGGAUCCUCCAGCUUCAUCCUCAACGGGACCCUGGCCAGCUACCCCCCGAACCCCUGGUAA